UCUCUACAACUCCUCAACAACUAGCUCUUGUUCGUGUGCAGUCGGAGCGACUUACUUGAGACAUAGGGCCGACCAUUCCCCCCCUUUUUCGAGAUCAUUAGCCAUCUGAACUUCUCGCCCCUUUUUAGUAGCUUCCUAGACGUAGGAGCCUCACAAAGAACGGAACGGCACACAGCCGAUGGCCAUGCAGGGCUCGGGUCCUUGUGGCGCGGUAGACCCCAUGGCGACAGCACCGACGGCAAAGCCACAGUUCUACCGACCAGUCGACGAGAGCGCCGUUUCGUUUCAAACGCACCAACAGUUAGUGGCGGGCCACCAGCAGGUAGCGCCCCCCUACCACACAGCAUCAGAUACAGCACACUACCACGUCCAGCCGAAUACGUGUUUCCAGCAGCCGCUGCCGCAGCCCCAUUCCGUAGUUAGCUCCUCGCCGCUUCCCCCGCUUCCGCCGUUCUCCCCGCAGCCACACAUCACCCCGCCCACUCCGCCGCAGCCGCCGCGCCCCUACUGCUUCGCGCAGACGCCGUCCCCCGCCCCGCGCCUGGGCUCUCCCGCGCACUCGUUCCUCCCGCAAAGCGCGCUCCACUUCCCGAGCGCGCUGCUCCCGCAGAACGCGCUGCUCUCGCGCUUCUCCCCCGCGCCCCCGCCGCCCGCCAGCCCACAACCGUUCCGCGCGCCUUUCGACUCAACGCAGCAGUCGCCGCAGCCCUUUCGCUCGGGGCUGGACUCGGCGCAGCAGUCGCCACAGCCGUUCCUCGUGGCGGGCCGCGUGCAGCAGACGCUCCAAGAGAUGAUGAGCGGCGAGUGCGCUCGCCUCGACUCAACGGUCACCGCCCUGAGUCUCCAUGAAAGCGAUGGUGCAGGCGCGGCCGUCACGCCGCAGCUUGCGCCGCAGGGCGCGCCGAUGGCGGGGCUCGCGGGCGCGAUGACCCCGGUGCUGCUGCCGGCUUCCGCCAUUGGCGCAAGUGCAGGCGCAACUGUUUGCGGAGGUCUUGGCGGAAGGAAGAGCCCCAAGAAGGGGCGGGGUGCAGAGCAGGCGGAGGCACCAGCGCAGCGGAAGCGCAAGGCAAAGGCGGCGGGAAACCAACCGCCACCUCCCCCGAUAGGCGUAGAUGGCUCCCCAGUGCCUGCGUACCGUGGCGUGCGGUACCGCCCGUGGGGGCGAUGGGCGGCGGAAAUCCGGGACGCGGCGGGGAAGGGGCGCGUGUGGCUGGGGACUUUCGACUCCCCGGAAGCUGCGGCGCGCGCGUACGAUGCGGCUGCGCGGGAGAUUCGAGGCGCCAAGGCGCUGCUGAACUUCCCCGAUGACGUGGAGGAAUCGAAGGCGGACACGUGUCAGGCUAAAAGCACGGGGGCAGAGGCUGGGUUAGCGGAGGCGGGAGGGGAGGCGGGAGGGGAGGCGGGAGGGGUGGCGGAAGAUGAGUUAAUGGCAGAAAGGGAGGAGGAGGAGAAGGCGAGGAGCGACGAGGAGGAGGUUGAAGGGGACGGGGAGGCGGAAGGAACGAGGGCGCAGAAGCGGCCGAAGACGAACCAGGAGGCCGCGCAACACGACCAAGGGGCACGAGAGCAUACGCCGCAGCCCACCGCACAACACACGGCGCAGCAGGGACCCCGCGGCGCAGCACACGGCAGUCCCAGGGGCGGACCGGCUCCCGUUGACCUGCUGUGCUCCGAGCCGUCCCUUGUGCCGCCUGAACCACGCGCGGUGACGUCAGCACUGCCGUCUCCGCCUGCGCACGCCUUUGAAGCUGUAGCUGCCGCUACGACUGCUACAUCAACUGCUGCGAUUGGAAACGUGACAGCUACAGCGAUACGAGCGGAGGAGCGAGCCCCAGUGAUCGCAGCUCUGCCCACCACCCCUGCUGCUGCUACAGCCGUCACAGCUGUUGCUACAGCCGCAGGGGUUGUGGCCAGUGGUGCCCACUUGCAUGGGGCCGCAUCCGUACCCGCUAUAAACACCUGUGUUGGAGUCACACAAGGAAACAGUACGCACCUUCCAGUAAAUACAUCUGGAAUGUUUUUCCCGGUUCCAGGGUCUGCACCUGAGGCUCUGGUGCUGCCUGCCAGUGGCUCUGGUUUUGUGGCUGCUGGUGCUGCUGGCACCACUGGUGCUACUGGCGUUUCAGGCAUGAGCAGCGGCACCAUGGGCAGCGCUGCUUGCGCUAUUCUUGGCAGUGAGGCCGUCGUCGUUGAGAGGCAGAUGACCCCUGCCCAGCAGAUGGGGCAGAUGAACCCUGCCCAGCAGAUGGGGCAUGUGCCACAGAUUCAGCAGGUGCAGCAGACAAUUCCACCACAGCAGCCAUUGCAACCACCGAUGCAGCAGCAGCAGCAGCAGCCACACCUGCAGCAGCAGCAGCAGCAGCAACCUCAGUUCUGUCAGCCGCAGCCUGAGUAUUAUCAGCAGCAGCAGCAGCAGCAGCAGCAGCAGCAGCAGCAGCAGCAGCCGGCACAUCAGGUGCCUGGCUGGCAAGCUGGGGAGCAGGCGUUCCUUGCUCCAGGGUACCAGUGUGGUAACCUCGACGGCAGAGGUAGCACAAGCUGCUUCGCCCCGCCCUCUACCGGAGCCAAUGCUGUUGUAAACAAUGUCAACUACCCAGCUCAGAGUUAUGAUGUGCCAGCUCACCAUGGAGCCCUGCCAGGUCAGCAGGAGGUGCGCCAGCCAGAAGGGAGUGGGCGUGCUUUAAACAUGCCAGCCAUGUUCUGCGACUUGGUUGCUGAUGCGCCCACGCAGCAGGGAAGUAACAUGCAAGCCACCGGUAUUUCUGCUGCUGCUCUGCCUGACUAUGUGGCUGCUCCCACAUGUUUCGAGAUGCCUGCUCCAGGCGCUGACGCCUACUCAUCACUCCCAAACGCCGCUGAUAAUGAUGAUGCUUUUGACGCCGUGGCUGCUUUCCUCGGUCCUGACGUCUCCCCUCCGCCUCCUGCUCCCGUCGCUUUUGCCACCUUUCAACCCAGUCACCUUGCUGCUGCUGCUGCUUCCGCUGCUGGUAUUGGCGGUGCUCCGUACGGUGCUGCGUUCAGUGGCGCUGGCAGCAGGAGUGUAACCGCCAGCAGGAGCAUGAGCAUGAGCAGCGCAGUGAGCUGGAUUGCUGCUGAGCUGGAGAGUGCCCUUGACAUGCAGGAGACGGUGGGGGACCUGUGGGGGGAGGAGGGCGUGGAUGACAGCACUGGCAUCUGGAGCAGCAGCGUGGGAGGAGAGGGAGAAGGGGGAGGGGACGGGAGCAUGGGUAUGGGGGGGAUGGAUAUGGGGAUGGACGUGGUGGGGGGUGGAGCGGGGUAUGGGGGGAUGGGGAGGAGGGAGAGCGACAUGGGGUCAACGUUUCAAGUGGUGCGGAGGGACAGUGACGUUGCGGCGUCGUUCUUAGUCAUUGGCAGGGGAGAAGAGAGGCAGGAGCAGAUUCAGGAGGAAACUCAGGAGGAAAUUCAGGGUGGUGGUGGUGCUGCAGAGGGAGGCGCAGAUGACGGUAAUCUCAGCAUUGGCAGCAAAAAAAAAAGUCAAAUUACCAUUGAGGGUUACCAGCAGCAGCAAGAGGAUAGCGAUGAUGAUAUACUGACGGCUAACAUUAGUAACCUCAACCGCUCUGGUGCUGGUUACCACUGCCACAUCGUUGGCAAUCAGCACAGCGGAGAUCGCCAGGGAGGGGUAUCUAUGAGCAGGCUCGCCGUGCAACAGAAGUUUCAUGGUGAGGGCUCUGUUCCGUCCCUGCUGCCUUCGCUGAGUGGAGACUAUGAUACUUACAUAGACACUACUAUUUUCUGAGUGGAAGUUACAACACGUAGUACACAUUACCUAGAGAUGUAUUGCAGUCUGCUUUUUUUGUAAGCUGUGGCAUCCUGUCCCGCUGCUGCAUGUUAGGAGGAUUACGCCACGUCGGCGGCUGAGUUGAGUAGUGUCCGAUAUAUUUACCAUAUGGUACUCCUUGCAUGCAUGUCCUGUGCAUUCUGCCUUUUGGUCUUAC